UCGGUUACGCAGCAAUUCCCCCCACACGAAGUAGGCAAUUCGGGCUUGGACCCGACGAGUUGGAGUCAUAUCGGAGCGCUUCUAUCUCAGACGCCUCGUGAUAAGAACCUCAAUCUAGCCGGUCAAUGGUUGGAUCCAACUCUCCCUCUUUCUCUUCAUCAAGUGAGAGAAUCAGCCAUCAAUUAGUCAAGUUCAAACAUAUCAACGUUGCUAUAAUGUUGAUACUAUCACCAAGCUUCAUGCUUGGAGCCGCCGCUCUCCUUGUCAUUACUCAUAUCAUUAUCCGCUUGACUUCGGCUACCGCAAAGGUUCCCGGUCCCUUCGUAUCCAACUUCACCUCACUUGUACUGAAAUGGCACGAACUCAAUGCCAACCGUACCAUGCACAUUCACGAGCUUCAUAAGAGAUAUGGCCCAGUGGUCAGGGUCGCACCCAAUGAGGUCUCCUUCACUUCGAUUGAUGCUCUCAAAGAAAUUUAUGGCUCCGGUGGUAGCGGAUAUGACAAGACCGAGUUUUAUGACCUCUUUCAAGUCUACGGCAAGCGAACAAUGUUCUCAACAUUGGUUAAAGGCGACCAUGCGAAACGACGGAGGAUGAUUGGCGAUAGAUAUGCCAACAGCAACGUAAUGAAGCAAGCCCCCCUGGCCGGGAUACAAGAACGCUCCAAGAGGUUUGUUGAGCGUUGUGUUGACUCACCUGACAAGACGGCAGACGUAUUUAGAGCGUUGCACGCAUAUGCUUGUGAUUGUGUUACGCACCAGUUGUUUCACCCAUAUGGAAGCAACUGCCUGCAAAACAAGGACGAUGAAGAAAUGAUGCAUCAAGUUGCUGCCGAUGACAGUCUUCAAAACCGUCUGGUUCAGUACUAUAGCCCGAUUCUUCACCGUCUUGGAUCCAGCAUUCUGACUAGCUUUGCCAAACCUCGAUUGAUUCCCCUGGCCGACAACUUUGUGAUUGAAAACGCCAAAGAAAAUGGUGCGGCAGAUUUCACCGUAUUAAACCGGCUCAAGGAGAAGGAUAGCGUCCUUGAUACUAUCGACAUGGCUGCCGAGUGUCUCGAUCAUAUGGCCGCUGGCAUCGAUACAACCGGCGACGUUCUGUGCUUCUUAAUGUGGGAACUUUCACAGCCCCGGUCGACAAAGUAUCAACGACUUCUGCGAGAAGAGUUUCGAAGCAAGCCUGACGCCCACUUUGACGAGUUGCCCAUGCUAGAUGCUGUCCUAAACGAGGGACUGAGAUGUUUCCCCGCUAUUCCAAUGUCAUUGCCUCGAUACGUCCCCCACGGUGGCCGUGUCAUUGAUGGGUUCUCCUUACCCGAGAAGUCAGUUGUCAGUUGUCAGGCCCUUUCAGUUCACCGAAUCAACGAUCAUGUCUUCCCCGAGCCGGACAAGUUCUACCCUGAAAGGUGGUUGGAAGCCGAAGGAGACGCUGACCGACGAAGACACCAAUGGGCCUUCUCCAGUGGAGGAAGAGGAUGCAUCGGGAAACAGUGAGUAGCUCUGCUGAGUGUAAAGAGGGAAGAUGUUAAUACGUGCUAUAGCCUUGCCAUGGCGGAGAUGAAGACCCUGCUGCGAGACGUGUAUUCACGAUACGAAACUGAGCCGGAUGAAUCAAUGAAGAGCGAAUCUAUGGCGAUGGACGAUCAACUGAUAUCCUCACGACCUCUCGGAAAGCGAUGCCUCCUUAAAUUCGUGCCUGUGAAGGGCUGAACUAUAAUUCAGAGACCGCGACAACGAGUUGAUGAGCAUUGACGAGGAGACGGGAGCUUGAUCAGGGCAUCAGAAUCGCGAUUAGUAUACACACUAAGGGCAUGUUUUAUCAAUACAGUGCAGUUGUCAUAGAUUAAAGGAUGGGCUCGGCAACUCGGCGAUAGGGGAUGUCAAAAGCUCAAACAACUUCAGCUGCGGGAAGAGAGUAUUUCUACCACGCAUGUAAGAGAAACUCACAAUCAAAAACCACCUCAAACAACAACAGAUCGUGAUUGCAUUCGUUGGUUGGAGUUUGUGGCUUUUAAAUCCGAAUACACCGAUGUCGUAUUUGUCAUUCUCCGACUGCAUCCCCGAAAUCACAACAUGAAAAAGGCAACCAUCCAACCAUCCAAUCCAUCAAAUCGAUGCGAGUGCGUUGCGUUUGCCUGGCUUGCACGUGUACAGUGUGAGGAAAACUCGGUAUUGGAAGGGCUUGGCAGUUGAAGCAUGCCCUGGGACAGAGG